AUGGGGAGGCGCUGGUGGCGGCGGCGCGCGCUGGUGGCCGCGUGUCUGGGCGCCGCGCUCCUGCUCCUGUGCCCGGUGAACGCCCCUCUCCUUACACCCCCAGCGUUUGAAAACAGGGCCGUGGGCUCCAGCUGGCUUGGCGGCAAGAGGAGGAGUCCCCUGCAGAUGCUCUACGACCUGGACCAGGGCCCGCGCUCCGCGCUCGCCGAGGUGCACCGGCAGCGGCGCAACCUGCUGCGCCGCGCCUGCAGCCACCACACGCGCCGGCAGCCCCUGCUGCGGCCGGAGGACCUGCGGCACGUGCUGGUGGACGACGCCCACGGCCUGCUCUACUGCUACGUGCCCAAGGUGGCCUGCACCAACUGGAAGCGCGUGCUGCUGGCGCUGAGCGGCCGCGGCCCAGGAGACCCGCGCGCCAUCCCCGCGCACGAGGCGCACGCGCCCGGCCGCCUGCCCUCGCUGGCCGACUUCAGUCCGGCCGAGGUCAACCGGCGCCUGCGCGCCUACCUGGCCUUCCUGUUUGUGCGCGAGCCCUUCGAGCGCCUGGCCUCGGCCUACCGCAACAAGCUGCAGCGGCCCUGGGGCGCCACCUUCCAGCGCCGCUUCGGCACCGGCAUCGUGCGCCGUCUGCGGCCGCGCCCGGGCCCCGACGCGCUGGUCCGCGGCCACGACGUGCGCUUCGCCGAGUUCCUGGCCUACCUGCUGGACCCGCGCACGCGCCGCGACGGGCCCUUCAACGAGCACUGGGAGCGCGCCCACGCGCUCUGCCACCCGUGCCGCCUGCGCUACGACGUCGUGGGCAAGUUCGAGACGCUGGCGGAGGACGCGGCCUUCGUGCUGAGCCUGGUGGGCGCGCCCGGCCUGCGCUUCCCCGAGCCGCCGUCCAGGGCCCAGGCCGCCGCGCGCGACCGUGCCGCGCGCCUCUUCCGCGACAUCAGCCCUUUCUACCAGCAGCGCCUCUACGGCCUCUACAGGAUGGACUUCCUGCUCUUCAACUACUCCGCUCCCUCCUACCUGCGGCUGCGCUAGCCCUGCGGGCGGGGGGAUGGGGCGCGGAGACUGCGCAGGCUGCGGGGCCCUGACUCCGCCCGGAGAGUCGCCGCCCCCGCGCUCUCUCACC